AUGGAGAUGGAGAAUGAAGUCGCUGGAAAACUGAAGCUGGAGAACUGGAGGGAUCUGGAACCGACAUGGGGGAUGAAGGUAUUCCUGACUAUCCUCUACAGCACCAUGCUCUUGAUAGGCAUUGUGGGUAACAGCAUCACCAUCAAGGUGAGCCAGGUGCUGCUGAGAAAAGGGUACCUGCAGAAGAAUGUGACGGACCACAUGGUGAGUCUGGCCUUGUCUGACCUCCUGGUGCUGCUGAUUGGGCUCCCUGUAGAGCUCUACAGUGCCAUCUGGUUCCCCUUCUCGUCCACCUCGGGCAACGUGGCCUGCAAGGUCUACAACUUCCUAUUUGAAGCAUGCAGCUAUGCCACCAUCCUCAAUGUGGCCACCCUGAGUUUUGAGCGCUACUUUGCCAUCUGCCACCCAUUCAAGUACAAGUCUGUGUCAGGUGACCGCACUGUCAAGCUCAUCGUCUUCGCCUGGAUAGCCUCGGCACUGGUUGCACUGCCGUUGCUGUGCGCCACCGGCACCGAGGGCCCGCUGGACAUCCUGGACAUCGAGAACGGGUCUUUCCACCUAGCCGAGAACGUGCGCAACUUGACAUUCUGCACAGGCCUGUCAGACAGGUGGAUGAUGUACAGGUCCAGCAUCUUUGUGGCGUUCAUCGUGUACGUCACUGUGCUGGCCAGCGUGGCAUUCAUGUGCAGGAGCAUGAUCCAGGUGCUGAGGGGGAACAAGUUCGGGGCAGCCAAGCAGGAGGCCAACAGCACGGGAGCCCGCCCCAAGCACGAGAGUGCAAAGGUCAGAGCCUCCAGGAAACAGACCAUCCUGUUUCUAGGCCUAAUUGUCGGCGCUCUCGCCGGGUGCUGGAUACCCAAUCAGGUCCGCCGCCUAAUGGCGGCAGCCAGGCCUAAGUCUGAUUGGACAACAGCCUACUUCAGGAGCUAUGUCAUCCUCCACCCCAUCGCAGACACGUUCUUCUACUUCAGCUCCGUGCUCAACCCCUUCCUCUACAACCUCUCAUCCCACCAGUUCCGCCGCGUCUUCGGCCAGGUCCUGCGCUGCCAGCUCUCUAUCGAGCACAUCAACAGGAGGACCCUGGUGACAUCUGACGCCAUCUCAGCCCGCUCCAUGCGCCCCCUGGUGCUCAGAUCACUCCGCCGUGGCCGCUCCACUGCCAGUGGGGACAGCCCUGAGACGCUGACCACCUUCCGGAGCCCUGUGGAGACCCCCUCCGGACCCCAGGCGGCGGCUGAGCCAUCGGGGUCGUCUGAACUCAGCGCCACACAAGAAAGUGGCCUCACCUCGGAAAGUGGAAUAGUGUGUGAUUCCUCCCAGGGAUAAAAGAUGCAGGCAAUGUAUACAACAGUCGGUUGCAUAAGCUGUGUCAUCCAGCAGUGAUAAAUGCAUUUGUAUUUGGAAUACGUUGAUCAUUUCAGUGCCUGUCUGUAUUUCUGUAGCAGUCCUCUCUUCUGAGAGAGGUGAAGCAAGCUGCCAUUUAGCAAAACAUACUAUGAGAGAGGAUCUGUUCUUUUUCGUUCAAAAUGACGAAAAAAGACCUACACACAAGACGUGACCAGGAGUAAAGCUGUUCACAUACUGAGCCACACACAUGCAGUGUUACUAGAGAGAUGCAUCUUAACUCAAGUGCACCUGUGUUGUUGACCCUUGCACACUGGGUUGUCAACAUGCAGAGAUGCUGUUGGCACACAUCAACAGGUACCGCUGCAAUCAAUGUGUCUGGGCCUGCAACCAUUUCAGCCCAUUAAGCACAAGUCUUGAAGGCUUCUCGAAUCUAUUCAGGCCUCACUCAGAUCAAUUGGAACACAGCAGCACAGUAGCAUUAUAAAUACAAAUUUUGUAAGAAUACUGUAA